AAUGUCUUUGCCCCAUCUUGGAGACUAGUCGUCUCCAUAGCUCGGAUAAAAGAAAACAACUCAAGCUGGUCUUUCCUUCAUUUCUCUCUCUUUUUUUUACCUAUUAUUUUUUGUUUUCUUGUCUUGAAUUAUGCUUUUGACUAUUCAAACCAUGAUGUUGAAUUUGCCUUAUUUUUCUCUUUUUCAUAUAUGAAGUAUUGAGGUCUCCUCUCUUAGUUUCUCCGUGGAAAAGAGGGAUGCUUCCUUGUAGUUUCCAGAGUACCCUUUUGGCUGUUCUUGGAUCUUCUUCGGUUGAUAUUUGAGAAAUCAGAGGUGUAAAUUUUGAACCAUGGUUUAGAAGAUUUGGCGCUUUAAACUGUUAUUAGCUGUACAAAUUUCCUUCAGGAAUCCACCAUUUCAGUUUUGAUUUGCGGGGCUUAUUCAUAAUCAUGGUGUUGCAUACCCGAGUUUGUGCUGUUUCUGUCAGCGUUUUAGUGUGGUUAUUGCUUGGCUGUAGUUUGAGGCACGCGUCUCAAGACGAUAUUGAUUGUUUGAAGAGCAUCAAAGAUUCACUUGAGGACCCCUUCGGUUACUUAAAUUCCACAUGGAAUUUCAACAACAACACUGAAGGGUUUAUUUGUAGAUUUACCGGGAUUGAUUGUUGGCACCCGGAUGAGAAUAGGGUCAUAAAUAUCAAGCUUUCCGACAUGGGACUUAAGGGUGUGUUCCCUCGAGGAAUUGAGAAAUGCAAAAGUAUGACAGGCUUAGAUCUUUCGAGCAACAGUCUCUAUGGAAGUAUUCCAUCUAAUAUUUCUGAUCUUAUCUAUUUUGUCACUACACUUGAUCUCUCAUCUAAUAAUUUCUCUGGAGAGAUUCCACCAGCCCUCGCAAAUUGUAGCUUCUUAAACCUUUUGAAGCUCGACAACAACAGAUUGACGGGCUCAAUUCCUCCAGUUCUCACUUUGCUGAAUAGGAUGAAAACGUUUAGUGUGUCUAAUAAUCUCUUGUCAGGUCCGAUCCCAUCUUUUAAUGAUACAAUAACAGCAGAGGAUUUUGCACAUAAUCCUGGACUGUGUGGGAAGCCUCUGGAUCUUUGUCGGUCAACUUCAGGAGGCCCUAAAACUGGAAUUAUUGCCGGGGCUGCUGUUGGUGGGGUGACAGUUGCUGCAAUAGGUGUGGCUAUUGGUAUGUUCUUCUAUUACCGUAGAAUGGUUGCCAUGAGGAAGAAGGAUGAUGAUCCAGAUGGAAACAAAUGGGCAAAGAGCUUAAAGGGAGAAAAAGGCAUUAAGGUUUCCUUGUUUGAAAAGGGAGUUUCCAAGAUGAAACUAAAUGAUCUUAUGAAGGCCACUAAUAAUUUCAACAAAAGAAAUAUCAUCGGAUCAGGAAGAACAGGGACUAUGUACAAAGGAGUCCUUGAAGAUGGAACCGCACUUAUGAUUAAGAGGUUACAAGAUUCUCAACACUCUGACAAAGAAUUUUCAUCUGAGAUGGCUACUCUGGGAAAUGUGAAACACCAUAACUUAGUUCCCCUUCUAGGUUUCUGCAUGGCAAAAAAGGAGAGGCUUAUAGUAUACAGAUAUAUGGCAAAUGGUACUCUCAAUGAUAAUUUGCAUCCUACAGAUGAUGCUAAAAAGCCUAUGGUGUGGUCCUUAAGGCUUAAAAUUGGUAUAGGGUCUGCCAAAGGAUUUGCAUGGCUCCACCACAACUGCAAUCCUCGUAUAAUUCAUCGAAAUAUAAGUUCUAAGUGUAUCUUACUGGAUGCAGAUUUUGAGCCCAAAAUAUCCGAUUUUGGUCUUGCUAGGCUGAUGAACCCAAUUGAUACACAUUUGAGCACCUUUGUGAAUGGUGAGUUUGGAGAUUUAGGUUAUGUUGCCCCUGAAUAUGGCAGAACUCUACUGGCCACACCAAAAGGAGAUGUCUACAGCUUUGGAGUUGUCCUUCUUGAGUUGGUGACUGGUGAAAAACCUACCCAUGUAUCCAAAGCUCCUGAGAACUUCAAGGGAAGUCUGGUUGAAUGGAUUAUGCAGCUAUCAAAUGAUGGAAAACUUCAAGAUGCUAUUGACACAACCUUGGUUGGCAAGGGUGUUGAUAAUGAACUUUUCCAAUUUCUUAAAGUUGCAUGUAACUGUGUAUUGCCACCUCCCAAGGAGAGGCCUACCAUGUUUGAAGUAUACCAGUUUUUAAGAGCUAUUGGGGAGCGUUACCAUUUUACCACCGAGGAUGAAAUUUUGAUGCCUUCAGAUACUGGUGAUGUUGAUUAUUUAGAGGAACUUAUUGUUGCUCGAGAUGUCAACGAGAGUCUGUGAAGCGAUAUGGGAUAUGAAUUUAUGCCAAGAGAAAGUGGACUUUUAACUUUCUGGUCUGGGAUUUAUGCCAAUUAGGCAUCCAUGUGACGUCGAGGUGGCAUGUUCCAUUGAGUGUCAUUGAUGCUUGAUGAAAUGGAAGGGGAUUUGGAGCAUUUUUCAAGGGUCACAAUCCAAAAUCUCAGUUUUAAAGUUGUCUGAUGCAAAUGAAAGUAUUGCUUAAGGGUUGCGAAUGAUGUGUGUGUGUGGCAUAUUUUACUUCGUAGAUGUCAAAAGAUUUUAGUGACUUUUUUGGUAUUUUUCCUUUAGUGGAGAGCUAUAAUGCAUUAGUAGAUGAUGUAUAUUUCCAUCAUCUUCCAUAUUUAA